AUGGCUACUCAUGGAUCAUAUAGUACUCUUUGCGCCCUGGCCAUUUGUCUAAUGGCUGCUGCUGUGGCAGCAGCAGAUUAUGGCGAUAACCAUUAUCACCAUAAGUCUCCGCAUCACCAUUAUAAGUCACCUUCAUCAUCGUGGUUGCCUCCAUAUCUUUAUAAAUCUCCACCACCACCAUUGUCUUAUAUUUAUUCAUCUCCUCCACCACCACCUUAUGUUUACAAGUCGCCCCCGCCUCCUCCUUAUGUCUACUCGUCUCCACCACCGCCGCCUUACAUUUAUAAGUCUCCUCCUCCACCUCCUUAUGUUUACACAUCUCCACCACCACCACCUUAUGUUUACAAAUCUCCACCACCACCUCCCUAUGUUUACACUUCUCCUCCACCACCACCUUACAUUUACAAGUCUCCUCCACCCCCUCCUUACGUUUACUCAUCCCCUCCUCCACCACCUUACGUUUACAAGUCACCUCCUCCACCACCAUACGUUUACAAGUCACCUCCUCCACCACCAUAUGUGUACUCUUCCCCUCCUCCACCAUCUUACAUUUACAAGUCACCUCCUCCACCUUCAUAUGUUUAUAAGUCACCUCCUCCACCCGCAUACGUCUACUCUUCCCCUCCUCCACCAUCUUACGUUUACAAGUCACCUCCUCCACCUGCAUACGUUUAUAAGUCACCUCCUCCACCUGCUUAUGUGUAUUCUUCCCCUCCUCCACCAUCAUACGUUUACAAGUCACCUCCUCCACCUGCACAUGUGUACUCUUCCCCACCUCCACCAUCUUAUGUUUAUAAGUCACCUCCUCCACCUUCAUACGUUUAUAAGUCACCUCCUCCACCUGCAUAUGUGUACUCCUCCCCACCUCCACCAUCUUAUGUUUAUAACUCACCUCCUCCGCCUUCAUACGUUUAUAAGUCACCUCCUCCACCUGCAUAUGUGUACUCUUCCCCUCCUCCACCUGCAUACGUUUACAAGUCCCCUCCUCCACCAUCAUACAUUUACAAGUCUCCUCCUCCACCUGCAUACAUUUACAAGUCUCCUCCUCCACCUGCAUACGUUUACUCUUCCCCUCCUCCACCAUCCUACGUUUAUAAGUCACCUCCUCCACCUGCAUACGUUUACAAGUCACCUCCUCCACCAUCUUACAUUUACAAGUCUCCUCCUCCACCUGCAUACGUUUACAAGUCCCCUCCUCCACCUGCAUAUGUGUACUCUUCCCCUCCUCCACCUGCAUACGUUUACAAAUCUCCUCCUCCACCAUCUUACGUUUACAAGUCUCCUCCUCCACCUGCAUACGUUUACAAGUCCCCUCCUCCACCUGCAUAUGUGUAUUCUUCCCCUCCUCCACCCGCAUACGUUUACAAGUCUCCUCCUCCAACGUCUUACAUUUACAAGUCACCUCCUCCACCUGCAUAUGUGUACUCAUCCCCUCCUCCACCAUCUUACGUUUACAAGUCACCUCCUCCACCUUCAUACGUUUAUAAGUCGCCUCCUCCUCCAAGUGUUUAUUAA